UGGUGGACGGGUGAGCGAAAGUCCGAGUAGUGUACUUUUCAGCAAAAAAAGUAUGUUUCUAUCUCAUGUCAUUAAAAAACGGCGUAUCAUUUAAUAAAACUUGCAGGACGGCGCCGACCCCGACUCCAGAGGGUUAAAACGCAGUGUGGUUCAGAUCCAGCCUGGGUUGGAGGUUCUCUCCCCCAAUUUUGUGGUCCAUGUGUACGUCUUAACCAAACCACUUUAAUUUCCAAUUUUUAUUGGAUUCCAUUUCUAGUAUCAGAUGGAAAAUCACACUUCAAACAAACAGGUGGGCCAAUGCUUUCUAAAGGGAGACACAGGACAUGAAAUUAAUUUAGAAACUGCACUGAAGGACUGUUCCAAUGCCCUUGAGCUUUUUCUUAACAACAGAUUUUGCGACGCACUGGCUCUUCUACGACCUCGGAAGAGUCAGAGCAUGUACCACGCGAUGGGUUACAGCAGUAUUUUGGUGAUGCAGGCAGGGAUGACUUUUGAAUCAAAUGAUAUUGACGUUGCCAUGGCGUCAUUGAGAGAAUCCCUGCAGACAUGUCAGAGAUUUCGUAGGAAAACUGGAAUUAUGGAUACUAUAACCAGCCUGUGGUAUGGACAAACAUACCUGACAGAAGGUAGGAGCACCAAUAUUUGGUUGUCCAGAUGCAGUGGAGAUGGGGGGCUGUCUGUACCUGGUGGGAUGUGGAGGAGAUUAGAUAGUGAGGAAAUGCAUGCAGAGCUGUGCUACGCUGAGGUUCUGCUGCUGAAGGCAACGCUCUCCUUCUUGGAUGACAGCAUAAUCGGCUUCAUCAAAGGAGGGAUGACAAUUCGAAACAGUUAUCAGAUUUUCAAGAACUGCCAGGCGAUGACAUAUGCCACAGAUGACACAGAGAGACAAAAGAGUACCUACACUCAUUUCAGGGCAGGUGUCAACAUGGGCAUUGGGUCAUUUAAUCUGAUCCUGUCUCUGUUUCCAUCCAGAGUCCUCAGAUUGAUGGAGUUUUUGGGGUUCUCUGGGGACAGGGAGUUGGGUUUGUCGGAGCUGAGAGAAGGAGCAGACAGCCAAAGCCUGCGCUCUAUCCUCUGCACCCUGACUCUGCUGAUGUUUCAUCUCUACAUCACUGUUAUAUUAGGUAUUGGUGAAGGAAAUCUUGCUGAGGCUGAAACUCUGCUAGAGCCCUACGCUAAAAAGUUCCCUAAUGGAUCCCUCAUUCUUUUCUACACUGCACGGAUCGCUUUACUCAAAGGAGACUUCACAUACGCUCAGAAGAAGUUCCUGGCGUGCAUUGCAGCACAGGAGGAGUGGCGUCAGAUUCACCACCUGUGUUACUGGGAGCUGAUGUGGUCAUACUCAUUUGAACAGAACUGGAAGGAUGCAUACCAUUAUGCCGACCUCCUGUGCAAAGAGAGCAAAUGGUCACAGGCUAUCUACGUGUUCCAGAAAGCUGCCAUCUUGAGCAUGCUCCCAGAAGAAGACGUGAUCAGACUGGGAGAGAAUGUGGAAGAACUGUUCAGACAGGUGGAUGGUCUCAGACUGAGGAUUGCUGGGAAGUCUAUUCCGACUGAGAAGUUUGCUGCGAAGAAGGCCCAGCGGUACUCUUCUCCAGUCCCCGUCAAACUUGUCGUGCCAGCUUUGGAAAUGAUGUAUGUGUGGAACGGCUACACAAUAGUCGGCAGAAGAGCCGAGUUGACUGAAAGCUUGUUGGCCACCUUAGAGAACACCGAGGAGCAGCUCAGAUGUGAUCUCAAACCGUCAGAGUAUCACCAUGAUGACCACUGCAUGGUGCAGCUGCUGAAGGGUUUGUGUCUGCGACACUUGGGCCGUAUCGACUGGGCCGAACUCUGCUUUCUAAAUGUCAUUUCCAGUGAAAACGAUAUACGAUAUAACAGCUAUCUGGUGCCAUUUACCAUUUAUGAGCUUGGACUGUUGUACAGACAGAGAGGAGAUACUGAAGAGGCCAUUGCACUGAUGGAAAGUAUUAAGACAAACUACAAAUACUACAACAUGGAAUCUAGGCUACACUUCCGGAUCCAUGCAGCACUGAACACCAUGGGAUCGUACUCUGCCAAACUUCCCCUUUCACAAACACCCGCCUAAUGACCUUGAGGCAUGGAAGCACCACUUCAAAACCAAAGGAACAAAACCGACCAACUCUUUGACGGUACUCCAGGAAAUGAUGUAAAUUGCCAUUUGGUGCUAUAGUGACUGAAAGAAGGGAUGCAUCAUACCUCACUUUCUGUCAGAGCUUGAAGCGUUACAUGCAUUUAUACUCAAGUGUGUUUGUGUGCGUUUAAAAACAGAACAAGGCAACAGAAUUUUGUUCAUAAAAGCUCUCAUUCAGAUGACAGGAUAAGUUGUGUUAAAUAGGGUUAUACAUCUUUGAUUUUGGCUUCAGUCGUGUAAUAUUCAUUUCGAAGAAAUUCACUGAUGCUGUUCCCGAAUAAAAUUCAGUCUAGGAAUGCAC